UCCACGUGGUGUUGUCUACGUGGGGGGGCGCGCUUACGGGAACGAGUCUGCUUCUAUCCCCCGAAAACUUCGACUAACUCCGUGGGGCUGUCGUUAAUUCAUUUGUCGGUGGUGCGGUGUUAAUACGUGAUGCUGGGCGUGGCAGGGAUGCCGGGCAGCAUGGCUAAUGCCCUAGCCAAUGCAGCCUGCGAGCGAUGCAAGAGCGGCUUUGCAGCGACCGAGAAGAUCGUGAAUAGCAAUGGAGAGCUGUACCACGAGCAGUGUUUUGUCUGCGCCCAGUGUUUCCAGCAGUUUCCGGAGGGACUCUUCUACGAGUUUGAAGGAAGAAAGUAUUGUGAACACGACUUCCAGAUGCUGUUUGCUCCUUGUUGUCACCAGUGUGGGGAGUUCAUCAUCGGUCGUGUCAUUAAGGCCAUGAACAAUAGUUGGCACCCCGACUGCUUCUGCUGCGACAUUUGCAAGACGGUUCUCGCAGAUGUGGGUUUUGUCAAAAAUGCUGGCAGGCACCUGUGUCGCCCGUGUCAUAACCGAGAGAAAGCCCGCGGCCUGGGCAAAUACAUCUGCCAGAAGUGCCACGCCAUCAUCGAAGAGCAGCCACUGAUCUUUAAGAAUGACCCCUAUCACCCAGACCACUUCAACUGCAGCAACUGUGGGAAAGAGUUGACGGCUGAAGCCAGGGAACUGAAAGGAGAGCUCUACUGUUUGCCCUGCCACGACAAGAUGGGUGUACCAAUCUGUGGCGCCUGCAGGAGACCGAUCGAGGGGCGCGUCGUCAAUGCCAUGGGCAAGCAGUGGCAUGUGGAGCAUUUUGUGUGUGCCAAGUGCGAGAAGCCUUUCCUGGGUCAUCGCCAUUAUGAGAGGAAAGGUUUGGCUUACUGUGAGACUCAUUAUAACCAGCUCUUUGGUGAUGUGUGUUAUCACUGCAACCGUGUGAUUGAAGGCGACGUUGUGUCUGCCCUCAACAAGGCGUGGUGUGUCACUUGUUUCUCGUGCUCCACCUGCAACACGAAGCUGACCCUCAAAGAUAAGUUUGUUGAAAUUGACCUGAGGCCAGUGUGCAAGCACUGCUAUGAGCGCAUGCCCGAGGAGCUGAAGCGGCGCUUGGCCCGACGCGAGCGAGACGCCAAAGACCGCAAGAAAAAACCUGCCGUCUGUCUGUAGAGUUACUGUUCUUUACAACUCACCGCUCCGUGUGUUGGAACAAGUUUGUUGAGUUUGACAUGAAGCCCGUUUGUAAAAAGUGCUACGAGAAGUUUCCUCUUGAGCUGAAGAAAAGGCUGAAGAAGCUGGCGGAGUCGUUGGGACGGAAGUGAGGCGCCUCAGGCCGAGCAGCCUUGGAAGUGUUCCCAUUACGCCUGUGAUUGGUUUAAAAAAAACAAAAAUAAUCCAGAGAAACUGCUGCAUUAAAACUUAAUGGCUUGGCAAUUAUACGUCAAUACUUAAAAUAUGAAUGCGGGAUCCAUUUAAAAACCUAAAUAUAUAUAUAUAUAUACCACUGUGUUCUUGUCAUACACCUAAACUGAUGGCAGAUUUUUUUUCUUAAAUACAUUCCUAAAUUUUAUUACUUCUCUCCAAGUUGAGACAUAUAGUAUGUCCUUUGAGUGCCUUGAAUACAUGAACUAUGUGUAUUAAUAUGCAAAUACGUCUUGAAACAUAACUCACACAUUUAUGCCUUUAGCAAAUCCUAAUUAGACGGGAGAGUAUCUACUUCAAGUCGAAUGUUUUCACUUUAAUUUCAUACCUCAGCAUCAAUAAUCAUGUUUUAAGCAACCACUGUGUUCUUUAGCAUAUUAUAACGGUGCCUCUUCUUGCUACCACGGUACCUCCGGUUAAUCAGCCCGAACUGGACAGGAUUUAAAUCCAGGUGAACUACACCUGGACCCAGAUUUGGGAGAGAAUGUGAUGUUAGAGGGUGCUAUUAAGUUUAAAAAUGGCUUAAAAAUGGCUUAAAAAUCCUCGUCUUACCCUUUGAUUUAUCUGUUGGUGGAAACAUGUUUUGUUUGCUUUGUGUGUGUGUGUGUGUGUGUGUGGACGGUGACGUUAAUCCUUGUACAUGUGAAUGCCUGGGGUUGGUUUGUUCGUUUGUCUGAUCAUUUUAGGCCAACUUUCUGAGAACAGUUCAAAGGAAUCCAGACGAAAUCAACCUCGAUAUGAUUAUUUAGCAUGAGAGCGCUUUGAUGUUAGAAAGACGGCUAAUGAGUCAGCACUGUGCUAUUUGUAAACUGGCACAUGUAUUUAGGAGAAGAUGAGAAUUGGCACGUGCAAAUUACAUUUGCUCAGAUGAUCGUUUUUAUUAUGGAGCUUUUUUUUUUUUUUCGUGUACAUUUCACUGAAAUGCAUGAGUAGCAGACGACUGAAACCCAUGUACAUGAUGACUGAUCAAUAAAAUACACGUUAACACAU